GAGGCCCCGCGCGCGCGGCCGGGUGCUCGGAGGAGGCUCCGGGAGGCCGGCGAGGCCGGGCAGGCUCGGGGGAGGCCGGGCGCGGGAUGUGGGCGCCGAGCGGCCCGCAGGGGCCCGCAGGCUGGGACCGCCGCAGGGUGGGCGCCCGGCUGCGCGCCGCGCUCGCCGGGCUGCACGAGCUGCAGGGGCUGCGCGCCACGCAGCAGGCGCGCGUGCGGGGCGCCCUGGCCAUGCAGCCCCCGCCGGGGCCCGCCGCCCCCCGCGGCCCCGAGCACCCCAGCGGCCCCUGCGCGCACGAGCUGCGGCUGGAGGCGGCGCUGGAGGCGCUGCAGGAGCAGCUGAGCCGCUUACGACACCAGGACGCCGGCCUGAAGACCCGCUGGGAGCAGCUGGACCGGCAGAUGGGUGAGCUGCAGCUGGACGUGCGCCGACCCUGCAGCGAGGUGGCCGACAGUGACAGCAGGCCCAGCUCAGGCUUCUACGAGCUGAGCGAUGGAGGCUUCUGCUCCCUGUCCGCCUCCUGCACAUCCGUGUGUAGUGACCGCAUGUCCUCCUCCUUGGGCACUUUGCCGCCAGCUGACCCCACGGCCAGGCCCGACGCAGGGGACUGCCGGCCCCGGUCGGCUGAUGAGACCACCGUGCAUGGAGCGCCCCCGCCCGCCUGGGGCCCCCAGGCCACGGAGGAGGGCAUGUCCCGGCCCAGGCCGGUGUCUACAGGUGAUCUGGAAAGAGUCCUGCCGUCUGAGGUGGUGCUCCAGAAACCCAGCGCACACCCCAAGUCCACUUCCGUUCUCUGCCACGGGAUGGACCCCAAAUACCAGCGUGACCUGGUGUCCAAGGGCGGCAGGGAGGUGUACCCAUACCCCAGCCCCCUGCACGCUGUGGCGCUGCAGAGCCCUCUCUUUGCUCUGCACAAGGAGGCCCUGCAGGGUCAUGGCCACUCCCCCUCUAGGGAGCCCCUCCCCAGCCCCGCGGCCCUGGGCCCCAUCCGGCCUGGGCCUGUCCUCGAGGCUGGUCCAGCUGCAGCCUAUACAGACAGGCUCCUGAGGCUGCGGGCCCGAGGGCCCCCCCCCAAGGGCAGUGUGGGUGAGCAGGGACCCUCAAGACGUGAGGCGUCCCCAUCCCCGCGGGAGCGUGGUGGCCAGAGAGCGGACGGUGAAGGUGGCCUGGAGAAGCUGGUGUGCGCCCCAGGGACAGGUGGGAUGGCUCAGAGGGGGGACAGCAGCAGGGACAGCCUCAAGCAGCAGGGACCUGCGCCCCUCGCAGCCACCCCACACCCCAGCAGCCUUCCAGGGGAGGAACCCAAACCCCCGAGUGGCCGCAUCCGUGGGGAGACCAUGCGGGGCUCCCGUGAGUCGGGGCAUGGGCCGGCCCCCUCUCCCCGCCCCCAGGCUCGGCAGCAGGCUCUCAGCUUCCAGGACAGCACAGUCCUGUUGCCCACCAGGAGGGGGGGCAGGGAGAGCCCCACGCUGGCCCCAGGGCGCUGUGCCCGGCCCCCAUUUGCUGACAGCGGAGCGUCCGCCCUGGGGCUGAAAACAGGCCACCCCAAGACAAAGUCUGAGAAGAUCAAGAGAGGGUCCAGAGACAAGGUGCUGCGGUUUGGGGGGCAGCCAUUCCCCGGGGGGGGCCUCACAGUCCCCCUGUUGCCCCCUGAGUGGGGGGAGCAUCCCAGGAGGAGGCCCACCCUGGCGAGGACGGCGCCCAGCCGGUCCUGCUCUGAGCCCAGACUCUACCCCGUGCCCCUCCUGGUGCCCCUGGGAGUGGCCCGACGGGAGGGUCACCGGGCCCCCACCCAGGCCUCAUUCCCCUUGGAAGCAGCUGCUCUGGCAGCGGCUGGGGGGCAGGUGCGGAAGAAGCAGCGCAGGUGGCUGUCCUCCGUGGAGAUCUCAGGCAGCCUGGGGCCCCACAGGCCGGUGGCGAGCAGAGCGGGGGGCCCACGGCCGGUGUGUGCCCGCGCCAGGCCCAAGCUGCCCCGCCAGGACGCGCGGGUCGAGAGCGAGUCGGAGGGCUCUGAGCGGUCGGCCGAGGGCGCCUCCCUGCUCCACUCCACUGUGGCCGAGAGCAGCGAGGACGGGGCGAGCGACCGCACCACCAGCCGCUUUGGGGACCGGGAGUCCAGCAGCAGUGGCUCGGAGGCCGGGGCCUGGCCUCAGGCGUGUCCCCCGCAGCCCUCAAGGGCCCCAGGCGCCCGCAGGCCACCCCUGCCCCCGGUGCCCAAACUGUGCCGCAUCAAGGCCUCCAAGGCCCUGAAGAGAAAGAUCCGAAGGUUCCAGCCGGCAGCGCUCAGGGUCAUGACCAUGGUGUGAGGCCCACGGGAAUCGGCUGAGCGCCUCCCCGGCCGCGCAAGGGACGAGGGUCCCAGGGGAAGCCGUCCUCCUGAGGACCCGCGGGUGAGCGUGUGACCAGCACAGACAGGCCCUUCCCUGGCUAAGGACCAGGCUCUCACGUCGUUGGCUGUUCAGGAUGUGGAUGUGGGUUGUGUGUCGUCUUGCUAGUAUGGAUUAUCUCUGAAGUCACUCAGAAGAGGGGGUGAAGUGGGUCCCCCGGGCUCGCCCCGUGGACCGCAGUGGCUCUGGCGAGCGCUGGCCCCAGCGGAGACUGGUAGAGACUGCAGUCCCACCCACCUACUGCCUCUGUGUCAGCGUCUUCCCGGGGCGGGGGUCCCACCAGGCUUCCGGGGUGUCUGCCUUGUAGCCCUGGUGGUCUCCCCAUCCCCCACCAUCCCCUGGCCCCCGGCCCUGUUCUGCGUGGGUUGGGCACCGUGGUCACCCCCAGUCCUAAACCAUGACUCCCAAAAAGCAUUCUCCUAAAGGGCCGGUUGGAGGACAGUCCUCAAGAAAUCAGGGUGUGAAUCCCACGGUAAGCCUCCCCAUGAAUAAAUACGCAGAUCACGCCCUUGUCUUCACUAGCCCAUCUCCUCAUGAGCUGCCGGCCCCUUCCUGCUCGCACACAGUAGGCCUUCAGUCAAGCCUGACUCCCCACCACGUGGGCGCCCUCACCGGGGGGGGGGGGGGGAAGAUGCAUUUCCCAAACUCUGGGUCCAAUACACAAAACAGCAUAAAAGUGUUUUUGAAGGGGUGCCCGGCUGGCUCAGUCUGUGGACCAUGCAACCCUUGAUCUCAGGGUUGUGAGUUCG